AAAAAAAAAAAAAAAAAUAGCUUUCACUUCCAUAUCAUAUAAAAAAAGAAAAAACUUUCAAUAUGGCUAUGAGACUUCCUUCUGCUGAUGAGCUUGAACAGCUUGAAGAUAUUGAAAAGCAAUGGGCUGUCAAAGCUAUGCAUCACGCUGAAACCUAUUUCAAAUUAAUCUCCACCAUUGAUCCUAGACAACUUCGUUUAACAAACAUUGAUGACGAGAUUCUUAAAGACUUUGAAGAAAAUUUCCCAGAAAUUGAUCUUAUGCAUUUGGACGAUAAACAUUUCAAGACACCCGCCGCUAAAGAAAAGUGGAGACCUUUUGUUAAUAAAUACGAAAAGAGAGUUAAAGAAUUUAAUUUUGGUACUUUGAUUCGUAUUGAUUGUAGAGAGGAUUAUACAGAACAAAAUACAAUGUUUGGUGUUCGCAUGCAGUUUUAUGCUAUUGAAAUUGCUAGAAAUAAGAAGGGCUUGAAUGAUUCUUUACGUAACAAGCAAUAAUGAAUUUAUGUAAUUGAGGAGGUAUUGUUUCAAAACAAAUAAGUGGCGAAUAAAUCUUGGCAAUAUCAUAUUUAAGGAGUAUACAUAUAUCGCACAUAAUAAAGGAGAGAUAAGAAGCUUCCUUACAUGAAUGCUUUUUAAUAUAAAAGAGAAUAAAUAAAAGCAUAAAAAAAAUAAAUUCAAGUCUCUAUUUUUC